AUGAACUGGACCGGUGGACGCCUUUCGAGGCAUUCUCGCAGAGCUGAUAGCUCAACUACCAGUAAACAGAAACAGCACUUUGCAAAGGUGCGCAGCCAUUUGAUGAGUGGCUCCGUGAAGAAAGGUCCAGCUAAACGUCCGAACUUUGACAUGGCAGCCCCGCGACCUCCUGAUGGGUUGCGUAUUAGAGAUGGAACCGUUAGAACUCAGCCAGGGCAGCCAUUGGCACCUUUGAGUCAUGAUCUACAUACUUACCACGGUGUAUAUGUCGAAAACAAGCGUCCAGGCCGUGCAGACAUCUGUCGUCAUGGACAGCCGGGUUAUUUAGGCUCGAACGAGGUGUCCAAGAGUUCAAUUCACAGCUACGAAACGAAACCAGAGCCGAUUAUCAACAUAGAGCCCGUCGAUGGGGACUAUGAAGAGCAAGACGACAUGGAAGCGAUACGACGGAAACGGUUUCGGAUUCUUCGCGAGGGUGACUGGCUAGGACUGAGCAUACAACGUCCACUUCAACUCAAGUACAUGGAGUCAGAAAGCCGGGAUGCGAUUGGUAAACGGAGAAAGUUGAAUGCUGGCUAUGGAGCACAGUAUUCAAGAGUCCAGGACAAGAUUACCUCUCCGUUUGCACCCAAUCGUCAUAUUCCAAGCAGAGAGAUAUUCCCGAACCAUGGUGAGAAUCAGCCGCAAUCAAUGCAAUACGGACAGACCCCAGGCGCAAAGGGAAGUGUCAGAAUAUUUAUAGACGGCCGAGAAAGACAUGUCAGAGAAAGUUCGGGUAGUGUCAUAAACCAGCCACAUCCCGAGUAUGUUCAAUCAUCAGCGUCGUCAGAUGUGAUGCUGCUUGAUUUAGAGGGUAGCAGAUCGAGACCAAGACUGCCACAUCAACGAAGUUCAGACAUGGCCAACAGCAGUGAGUGCUUUCUAGAACCUGUGGAACAUGGUCGCCAGGGCUCUGAAGAGAAAUCAAUGUCAUCAAUUGGUAAAUACCCAAGCUCAGGACCUCGGAUUCACCAAAUAAGAGGACCAACUCGAAAUAUGUAUCCCCCCAGUCUACAAAUCCAGAGCAGCCCGAUACUUACCAUUGAUCGCACAAAAACCAACUGGCCAGGCGCUUCGCCAGUUAUCUACCACCCAACCCCCAAAAGCUCAACGACGUCACGACUCUUGCGAAGCAAUUCAUCGGUGUUUGAGGGUAGCGUUGCUGCUACGGCGGGAAGAAAAGGCAUAGUUACCGCUUCAGUUGCUCGAGAUGAAGAGAUGUGGAGGAGUUGGCUAGUUGCAGAGAGUGACGAACAACAAUCUCCUGCCUGGCCUGCGGACGACGAAAGCGAUCAACUUGCGCCUGAUAUUCCUAGUACCAGCUACAACACUACACAAAGUAGAUCGCCUGGGUUGUCGUAUGCUGAUCCAAGUACCCGAGACGAUGAAUCUGGUCAUGGGAGGGAGCUCAUACCCUCGAUUCAAAACUCUACAUCAUCAGUCAAUGGGUCUCCCAAUGACGAGAAUAGUGGAAAUAAUAAUACAAAGCCGAGUUUUCGAACGGGAAUAUCGAAGCCUCGCGGACCAGGAACUGACGAUAUCCAACUGCCCAGUGUCUCCCCAAGAAGGCAACCGAAGGAAGAGAACCGGAACACUGCAUGGGAAAAGUUUGUACUCGCCGGGCCGAGUGAAAACCUGGCAGAUCUCGCUAUCGAACCUCCCCAAAAAGUUGCCCAAGAAGACCCAGAUGCGGCAUGGAAGAAGUUCGUGCUGUCAAGCGACUCCGAUGAUGAUAGUAGUGCUUCUAGCACAGAGAACGAAGCAGAAUCAAAGACGAGUGCCUCUCAGAAGCGGAUGCAGAAGUCAUCGUCGAAGAUAUCGUUGCAAGUCAAUCCUGCAGAAACAGUGGUCCACUCAGACCCGCGGCUUGACCACAGCAGUGGCGCUACCUCUGCUAGAGUGACCUACAACCCAUCGACACGUCUUACGCCUUCUAGGUCUAACGGCAGUGAGGCAAGUGUGAGACUCUCGGGAACCUCAAUGUAUACAGAUGGCUCAGCAAGUGAAGCCAGUCAAGCAUCCAGAUACUUUCCACAAGCAACCAGCAAACUCUCCCAAAGGGUCGUCAAUAAGCGAAAUUUGGAAGAUCCUCUCGCACGAUACAUGCCUCGACAACCGGAGUCAGAGUGCGACAUUGUCAUGGCCAAGGAAGCACAGCUCCCAGCGCGAAACGAGUCUUUUGAGCGUGGACUGGAUGACUCUUUGAAGCAGGCGCUGCAUCUUGGAAGGAGAUAUUCGAAGCAGGAAAAGGAGAGGCAUGUGGAACAGAAAAAGGAGACAUAUACGAACCAGGAGAAGGUCAGAUAUGGGGAACAGGAAAAGGGAGGGUAUGUGAAGCAGAAAAACGAGGGCUAUGAGAAGAGGAAAAGUAAGGAAACUAGGGAUAUUUAUGAUAUUCCGAUAUCUGAUGAUACUGAGGAGGUGGAUGACGUAUAAAGCUCUGGCCACUUACCCACGAGCUGGGACUUCACAAAUUUGCAUUUAUGUUGCCCGUCACAGUGGAG